AUGUCUGCAAGAGCGGGAAACGAGGAGGAGGAUGGCCAUAGUGACCAAGGAAAUGACCUGAAGACCCUCCUAUCUGGGGAGCAGCGAGAGGGGUUUACCUUUCUCGUGGCAGAUAUUAUGGAGCUCAUGAAAAAGAGGACCUUGGAUACAUUUGAUGCGUCUUUUACGUCUGAGAAGCCUCAGGACCCAAACCUCGAAGGCCGGAAUCCGAAUGCGGAUCAGAAUCAAGCUUCCAGUGAAGAGCAGGAAAAGGCUCAAGCUUUACGGGAGAAACGAGAAAAAGAGAUAUCGGGGCCAAAGAUGCAAGAGCUGAAGAAAUUAGCAUUGCAACACUUUCAAAAAUGGGAGAUGUCUGUAGUGGGAAGAGUUGGGGAUGUCCUCAAUACCCCAGAGGCUGCGGGUAGCAAGCGCGAAGAAGCAAAGAGUUUCGUACCUGCAGCGUCAGGCCCUGCGGCGAGACCAGAAUACAAGGUUGUUGGGAUGUCUGAUAUAUUCAAAAAAUCAAAAGACAAUGUCAAUACCGAAGAACCUGACGAAGAAGACAAUGACAGGGCUGACGCAGCUCUUAUCCACAUUUAUCCACCAGUAUCAACUACAUUGCUGUCACUGCCGAAGAAGAAGCGGGUUCUCAUAUUGAAUUCAACCCUUUUGCUGCUACUAUCACUGGAGCAUUAUGAAGCCCAUUCUAGAAUUCUACUCCUCUACAUGGCUUCAUCGCUCCAUCUACCACUCGAGACCCUCACUGAAGACGAAGUCAAAAUUGCCAAAACACUUCUUGAGGCGGCAGAACACAUGUCCGCGGAAGAAGAAGCCAAGAAGAGAGGCGAAGAGAACCAAACGGCACGAAGAUGGAAAGUAGGGCUUGCUGGAAUUGCAGGAGCUGCUUUAAUUGGAAUUACAGGUGGCCUUGCUGCCCCUCUGGUAGCAGCUGGACUCGGGACAAUAAUGGGAGGUCUCGGCCUCGGCGCAACAGCUGCAGCAGGCCUCCUCGGUGCACUGGCCCAGAGCGGAGUUAUAGUUGGAGCGUUAUUCGGAGCCUAUGGUGGGAGGAUGACUGGACAGAUGAUGGACUUGUACGCCAAAGAGGUUGAGGACUUCGCGUUUCUUCCGCUGCGAGGCUCAACGAGAAAAGCAAAGAAAACUGCAGAAAUCCCCGCCGAAGAUAGACGACUGCGCGUGACGAUCGGUAUUAGUGGGUGGCUUACCCAGAGAGAGGAUAUCAUCAGCCCGUGGAGAGCACUUGGUCAUCAGAGCGAGAUAUUCGCCCUCCGAUGGGAACUGAAAGCACUAAUGAACCUUGGUACAUCCAUGGAGUCUGUUCUGAAAUCUGCAGCGUGGAUGGUGGCAAAGAAAGAGAUCAUUGCGCGGACAAUUUUUGGAAGUUUGAUGUUCGCUCUCUGGCCACUGAGCUUUUUGAAAGCCAGCAAGGUUUUGGACAAUCCAUUCAGUGUUGCGAAGAACCGAGCGGAUAAGGCGGGCUUGGUGCUUGCAGAUGCAAUAAUCAACAAGGCACAGGGGGAGCGGCCAGUAACUCUGAUCGGCUACAGCUUAGGCGCAAGAGUAAUAUACUCUUGCCUGAUGUCCUUGGCAGAAAGAAAAGCAUUUGGACUUGUCGAAUCCGCGGUGCUGAUAGGCGCGCCUUGUCCUUCUGAUGCUCCUUUCUGGCGCGCUAUGAAAAGUGUUGUCAGUGGAAGGCUUGUGAAUGUCUACUCUGAGAACGACUAUAUUCUUGGAUUCCUAUACCGCACCAGCAGCAUUCAACUUGGCGUUGCUGGCCUACAACAGAUUGGAGACGUCAGCGGGAUUGAGAAUGUAAACGUUAGUGGUAUAGUUUCUGGCCAUCUGAGAUAUCAAUAUCUUGUUGGCGUUAUCCUUCAGAAGAUUGGUUGGGAAGACAUUGACCGUGGGGAGGUGGCAAGGGAAGCAGAAACGAUUGCCUUGCUUGACAGGGAGGAUGAGGAGAAGCUACGAGAGAUAACUGGUCCUGAUGAGGAUCUUAUUGAUUUCGGCGAAGACAAGCCAGUUGCUGAGGCGAAGACUGAAAAGGACAGGGAUGACUCUGAGCAGGAUAAAUCUCGGGUCAACAUAGACGAAGACGUUAAGUCAGUUUCUAAGACAGACGAGAAGAGCAAGAAUGAAAACCCAGAGCAGGAUAAAUCGCAGGCCAACAUAGACAAUUCGAGAGAAAUCACAACCCUGGGGAAACACGUUCAGCAGGCCUGA